AUGGAUCGGCAGAUAUCAGCCGUGACGGGCGGCCAGGACACAGACAUGCUCAGCUACCUGACCAAUUUAGAGGCUGGCCCUGGAGACCUAGGCUGGCGGAGGUCGUUGGCAGUGGGGUUUGAGCGGGAGGGGGCGAGGCCCCCACCCGCGGCUGGCCGGCUGCUGUCCGCCGUCAUUUCCCAGCGCCGAGCCCUAGCUGCCAGGGCUGCGUGGAGAGCCACGUGCUCUCGCGUCCAUCUCCUUCCCUCCAGCGCUUCCAGGGCUCAGGGCCACGGCCACAUGGAGAGCGGGGCAGGGUCCGGGGAAGACGGGGCUGCCCCAGAAUCCUGGACCGCCUUGGUCCGGGAAGGGUGCGGUGAGGAGGCGGGCGCCGUCAGGGAGCACAGUGCCGGGGGCGAAGUGGGGACGCUGCAGGCCGAAGGGGCCGGGGCGGUGGCGGCAGAGCCUGUGUGGGAGGCCGAGGCCCGGCAGGCCGAAGGCGAGGCCGGCCUGGGGGCGGAAUUGGUGGUCUUGGUGGAGGACACAGUGGCGGCGCCUGACCUUGGGGCAGAGGAAGACGAGGGGGACGAGGGUCAAGAGGACCGGGAGGACGCCGAGGAGGUCAAGGAGGACGCAGAGGAUGAAAGGAAGCACACUGAAGUGGUGCAAUGUCCUGAAGAGGCUGAGGAGGGAGACGAGGAGGAGGCUGCAGAGGGGCAGGCGGCUGAGGAGGUUAAGGACGAAGGGGAGAAAGAUGACAAGGAAGAGUCUGUCGAGGAAGAGGCUAAGGAGGGGGAUGAGCAUCUGAAGGAGGAAGAGGAGCCUGAGGGGGAUUCUGUGGAGGCUAAGGCUGAGGAGGCCAAAGAGGAGGAUUUUGAAGAGCAGGUGGCUGAGGACGUGGAGGCGGAGGCGGAGGAGGGCAAGAGGGAAGAGGCCAGGGAGGGGAGCCAGAAGGAGAAAGAAGCCCAGGAGCUGCAGGAGAAGCAGGAAGGGGAAGAAGAGCGAGGGGCAAGGCCAGGUACGCCCCGGUCCCCGCUCCAGGCCCUCCAGGCCCUGCAGUCAGAGCUGGAGCCCGUGAACAAGGACGCCAGCAGGGCCUACUCUCGGCUCAAGCUCAGGUUCUGGCAGAGGCGGCGGCAUCACCUGGAACGCCGAAGCGCCCUCAUCCGGGGCAUCCCUGGCUUCUGGGCCAAGGCUUUUGUGAACCACCCGCAGCUGUCAGCCAUGCUCAGUGGCCAAGAUAAAGGCAUACUUGUCUCCAUGACGGAUUUGCAGGUCUGGCCCGGGAGACGGAGGCUGGCCAAGGGUGGAGGAACUCCCCGUGAUCGCCGCAGGGUCCUGCUCUUCUUUCGCAAGAACUCCUACUUCCGCAAUGAAGUUGUUGAGAAGGAGUAUGUCCUCAGGGCUGCUGGGUACGAGCCGUCUCAUUCCACUCCCAUCCAGUGGCACCCCUGUUAUGAACGGGAGGCCCUUAGCCGCAGACACCACAACAGCAGCCUAAACUUCUUCAACUGGCUCUCUGACCACAGCUUUGCCGGGUCUAGCAGGAUAGCUGAGAUCAUCAUGGACGACCUGUGGCCCAAUCCCCUGCAGUACUACGUGAGGAAGAAGGCCCCAGCCGAGGGAACUGAGAGGAGGGCAGGAACUUCAGCAUGUUGAGGUGAAUACGCAAGAGCCUUGCGCUUGCCCGCAAAGCGUCCAGGACCUUUCAGAGGGAGCCGAAUGAUCAGCUUGGGCCCUCGAGCAGGGACCCCCUCGAGCCUGGUGUCGGGGAGAAACCCAGGGCCGACUGAGGGCCCCUGUGAAUUUAUUAAAAUGUGGA